UCGUGGGAAGGCGCUGGGGCGGUGCGACUCGGAGUCUGUUCUCGGGCCUGAGCCUCGAGGCCAGGCUCCUGGGUGUCGUUAAUGUUCGGGGCCGCCGGGCGACAACCGAUCGGAGCUCCAGCCGCCGGGAACAGCUGGUGAGGCUGGCGGCCCCGGGGAUGGGCGAUCAGCGAAGGGGGUGAUGGCCCGAGGCUGCUGCUGGACCUGGAGUGGAAGGGGGCGGGAGUUGUGACGGAGGCUCUGAAGACACUUAGGCCUUGCUCUCGCUCGCGUCUGGGACGGACGCAGUCUGAGGAAGGCGUUGAGGUGUGUGCAAAAGAUCUGUGAAGAAACGCAGCCGAGGCUUGCUGACCGCUGUCUGAACACGACGGUCCUUUAGGAGUCACGCCUUCUGUACUCCAGGAGCAGUUCAUUUCCUGGUGGUUGUUGACCAGCUUAGGGACAGGGAGAAUUUACCUUAAUCCAGGCCUAUUUCCAGCACUUCCCUGUUAAAAUGGAUUAGAUUAUACCAGGCUCUUGCAAGAUCAAAUCGCAGAAACCUCGAGUUUCGGAAGUUGGGUGGUGGAAGCCACCGCCUCCUCGCACCCCCUUUUGUGGAGAGGGAGUGACAUGCCUGUUUCCGUACCUUGCACGUUCCAUUCUAGUUAAAAUGAGGCAUUUCAGUCGAACCAUGGAAGAACUGGUUCAUGAUCUCGUCUCAGCCUUGGAGGAGAGCUCAGAGCAGGCCCGAGGGGGAUUCGCCGAAACGGGAGACCAUUCUCGAAGUCUCUCUUGCCCCCUGAAACGCCAGGCAAGGAAGAGGAGGGGGCGGAAGCGGAGGUCGCACAACGCACAUCACCCCUGGGACCCCGGUCACUGCUUAAGCGAGGGCUCCGACUCUAGCCUCGAGGAACCGAGCAAGGACUACAGGGAGAAUCACAAUAACAACAAAAAAGAUCACAGUGACUCUGAUGACCAGAUGCUGGUGGCCAAGCGCAGGCCGUCGUCAAACUUAAACAACAGCGUCCGCGGGAAGAGGCCCCUGUGGCACGAGUGCGACUUUGCCGUGGACAGCCUGGGGCCCAGCCUGGCCACCAGGACGCUGCGCCGCAGGAGGAAGGUGAAGCGCAUGGCCGUGGACCUCCCGCAGGACGGCGGCUGCAAACGCGCCAUGACGCAGCCCCCCGAAGGUGGCAGGGACCAGGACAUGGACAGCGACAGGGCCUACCAGUACCAGGAGUUUACCAGGAACAAGGUCAAAAAAAGGAAGCUGAGAAUCAUUAGACAAGGACCGAAAAUCCCAGACGAAGGCGUCGUUUUGGAAAGUGAGGAAAUGAGCCAGAGCAACAAGGACAAAAUGGACUGUGAGGAGCAGAAAGUCUCCGAUGAACUCAUGAGUGAAAGUGAUUCCAGCAGCCUCAGCAGCACUGAUGCUGGUCUGUUUACCAACGAUGAGGGAAGGCAAGGUGAUGAUGAGCAGAGUGACUGGUUUUACGAAAAGGAGUCGGGUGGAGCCUGUGGCAUCACUGGAAUUGUGCCCUGGUGGGAAAAGGAAGACCCCGCCGAGCUAGACAAAAACGUACCGGAUCCCGUCUUUGAAAGUAUCUUAACCGGUUCUUUCCCCCUUACGUCGCAUCCCGGAAGAAGAGGUUUCCAAGCUAGACUCAGUCGCCUUCAUGGAAUGCCUUCCAAGAACAUUAAAAAAUCUGGAGGGACCCCAACUUCAAUGGGGGCCACUCCUGGCCCCGUCAGUAACAAGAGGAUGGUUCGCUUUUCCCCAGACUCUCAUCACCACGACCACUGGUUUGGCGCUGGGGCCCGGACGGAGCAUGGCCAGCACCAGCUUCUGAGAGAUAACCGACCCGAGAGAGGACACAAGAAGAACUGCUCUGUGAAAACGGCCAGCAGGCAAACAAGCAUGCAUUUAGGAUCCUUAUGUACGGGAGAUGUCAAACGGAGGAGGAAAGCUGCACCUUUGCCUGGACCUACUCCUGCAGCAGGGCUUGUAGGAGAAAAUGCCCAGCCCAUCCUAGAAAACAACAUUGGAAACCGAAUGCUCCAGAAUAUGGGCUGGACGCCUGGCUCAGGCCUUGGACGUGAUGGCAAGGGGAUCGCUGAGCCCGUUCAGGCCAUGCAGAGGCCAAAAGGAUUAGGACUUGGAUACCCUCUACCAAAAAGCACUCCUGCGGCCACCACCUCCGCUUCAGGAAAAUCCACCUAGGAAGAAAAGCAAAGACGAAAGGUCCUAUAGUUUUCAUUCACUCUCUGUAUCCCGUCGUUCUAGAAAAUCACAGCAUCGCUUCUGUUUUUGAAGCCGAGAUCUGCAUCGCCUCGAGCUUGCCACUCUAGCUUCCUCACUGCAUUCGGUCUUGCUACAGCGAUAGAGACGGGAUUUUGUCGCAGUUCGUGGUGCUCAAGUACAAACCUUUACCUUUUAAAAUUUUUUCAGCAAUUUUCCGCUGUACCUAGAUACAAAAACAAAACAGCUCAUUUCUCUUAUUUAUUUUGAUCGCAUAUGUCAAUAGCGUCUAAUGCUUUAGCUUGAUUCAUCCGGGUGCGCGUGGGCAGCCCCAGGCACACGUGAGCACGCCCACGGGCUUCUGAUUUAGGGUACUCCGGGAAGAGCUGCGUUUUGUGUCAUCCCCACGUGCGGCAACCGAAAGGCCCAUCGUGGCAUCGGCGAAGCCCUACGCGAGUCUUUGCUCGAAAGUCUUGCCGACUUCACAUUGCUUGAAUUGGGCCUUUCUUUUUUUUUUUACGAGGAUUCUCCGAUGGGCUGAUACCCAUCAACUUUCCAUCCUUGGACAAUGGGGUCCAAAGCCCGCUGCUGACAAACCCCAAUCACUGCUUCCGUCUGGCGUUUUGACACAAAUAAACCUCGUCAUUAUUAUCCCCAGAGCGAUACAUUA